UUAAUACGUGCCAACAGACAGGAGCGUUAUAUAAAGCCCCUCACCGCACUUCCUUUAGCAUUCCCUCACUGGCUAAGGCGCCACAAUAGUGCAGCCAUUUUUCCUCCUCUCCCAAUUUGUCUUUUUUCCUGUAAACAUGAGUGAACAGGCCAAAACAGAGCCGUCAUGUGGGGCGCAUGGCAGCGGUGGCCCCGGGUACCCCCUGAGAAAAUGGUGGCGGUCCAGCCGGCCUUUCAAUCAGGACGUUGGCCUGCCGCCUUUCCUGGAGCCGGGGGACCCGUGGUGGACGAAUGUGGACUGGCUCCAGAGGAGCUUGGCAGCCGCUCCACUGUUUGUGCCUUACAUCUCUGGGUCGAUGCCUCAUCCCGGCCAGAAGAUUAGCCAGGAGCAGUGCACGUGGAGGGUGAACCUGGACGUGGCUCACUUCUCCCCCGCCGAGCUUUCUCUCAGCGUCAAAGAUGGAUUCCUGGAGGUUGGAGGGAGACACGAGGAGCGGCAAGACGAGCAUGGAUUUAUUGCCAGAUGUUUUACACGGAAAUACAGGCUCCUGGCUGAAAUUGAUGUAACUAAAAUCACGUCCACACUUUCUGUUGAUGGCAUCCUGACGGUGGAGGCUCCGGUCCCUGAGACCGCGGUUCCUGCGGCCAUUAUCAUCCCCAUAAAGGUGGAGGUGGAGGUGGCGACUACUGAAGAGGAGAAGGAAAAACAUGAGGAGGAAGAAACCCCUGCAACAGAGGCAGACAGCAGCAGAGAACCAGAGGCCCCAGAGCUCCUGGCUGCACAGGAUCCUGCGGAGGAGGAGGAUUCUCCAGCAGAGGUCGGUGGGGACCAGGCCCAACCUGGCAGUGCCACAGCUGGACCUCAGCAGCACGACGAGAGGAGGGAACAGGAGGAGGAGACCCAUGAAAAGCCAGCUGGAGAGUCCCACCCUUCAGCGUCUGCAGAUGGCAACGACCCAGAGAGUCUUCAAGAUUCCUCUAAGCAGGAUGAAGCCCUGGGAAGCCAAGAAAGCCCCGACACAGACGCGUCCACACAGCCAGAACACAAAGAACCAGCCGUGGGUGGAGAGAUCCAGGUAAUGCCGGGCUCAGCAGAGGAGAUCACCCAGCCCGAGGAGCCGGAGCUGGGCAAAAGUCCACUGAGCGAGGUCCCGAGCCAGGAUCCGGAGGCUCCCGACACAAAACCAGAGCACACCGAGUAGACUCACACAACACAGCCUCGCUCAAAUGCUGCACAACACUUACACAACACUGACACAGCCUGCACAGCCUGCACAGCUCGCCUGUAGCAUCAGGUCUGAGGACGCUUUUUUAUUCACAACAGCCAGAUAACUGCCAUCUUCGGAGCCCCAAUAAAGCAAC